AUGAAUAUACUACUAAAUUAUUGUAAUAUUCUGAUAUCAAUAAAAUAUGUGAGCCCCGGGUGUCUAUCACAAUGCGUCAACUGUGCCCCUCAGCCAACCUAUCAGUAUGUUCUCAAUGUGCCAAGUAACUAUGUGCAAGUUCCAACAACCUCUAACCAACGAUCUGCGGCGUGUUGCGUACCUACAUCUAACGUGCAAACAAUUCAAUCUGCUCGAGCGUUUACAAAUGGUGCACAAGGAAGUCAAGUGAUUAUGUAUUAUAAUGGUCAGAGAGUCGUAAGCGGUGCUCAACCAACACAACAGCCUCAGGCAGGAUCGAAUUUCAACCAGGCCAAUAACUAUCAAAACCCCGGCCCGAUCCCUGGCUAUCAAACCGGUUACGAUCAAAACCAGAACCAGAAUCAGAACCAAACUGGAUACUAUCCGAAUAGUAUGAAUGGUGGAGUUGUUGCUGGCGGAGCUACCACAGGAACAGUUGUGAUUGGUGGAGUCACCCAACAACAAGGAAAUCAAGGAAUCAAUGCAGGAGGGAAUGUUCCGAAUCAAAAUACCAAUGCUGGUGGAAACAUCGAUCCAAACUCCAAUCAGUACCAAGACCAGUUCCAAAACCAAAACCAAAAUGCCGAUCCAUACCAAAACCAACAGAACUACAAUACGGGAGGAGUCGUUGGAAAUGUUGGAAAUCAAAACCAAAACCAAAACCAGUUCCAAAAUCAAACCCAAAACCAAGGGCCCGGACAACAAUACCAAAACCAAAACCAGAACCAAUUCCAAACUCAGGACCAAAAUAUUAAUGGCCCCGGAUAUGUCGAUCAGAAUCAGUACCAAACUCAGAACCAGGACCAGGGUCAAAACAUUAACACCGGUGGAUAUGUUGAUAAUCAAAACCAGGGACAAUUUCAAGACCAAAACCAAGGACAAUUCCAAGGAAGCACAUUGGCGCCAUCCGGUGGGGAAGUUGGAUACCAACAACCAUUUGUGCAAUCAGGAAACACCGAUUAUAAUAAUGGUGCAGGACAAGGACAAUUCGACCAGCAGGGCCAGCAAGGUCAAUUCCAACAAAAUCAAAAUGACCAACAAGUGAUCUACCCCGCUGGAGGAGUAGUUGGUGGAUCCUAUAACUCCCCCAACUCUGGAUAUGUCAAUAGUCAGGUUCAACCGGUUCAACCACAAACCUACCCAACACAAACGGUGACCGGCGGCGCUCUUCCUAACCAAAAUGUGCAACAGCAGCCAGAUGUGAACACUCAGUACCAGGAUCAGAUGAACCAACAGAAUCAACAAGGACAAAACCAAGGUGGUCAAAACUUCCAACAAGGAAACCAGCAAGGAUUUAUCGGAUCUUCCACUGCGCCACAAGGACAACAAUUCACUAGCGCCCCGAACAAUCAGUUCCAACAAUCCACUUCUCCACAAGGACAACUCAACAAUGGAGGAUUUGUAGGAUCAAGCACUCCUGGUUAUCAACAAGGAGGACAACAGCAACAGUUCACCACUUCGCCCGGACAGCAGCAAAAUUUCAAUGACGGACAACAAGGUUACACAGAAAAUACACUUACCCCUCCAGUUAUGGAAAACGAUAAUUCCCAGUUUACACAAGGUCCUACCACCCCCGCCCCUAUCCCCGUGAUCUACCCGGUUUCUGGAGCAGGACAACAGACACAACAACCCCAACAGUUCCAACAGACCCCACAGCCACAGCCACAAUAUCAACAGGACCCUAAUACCCAACAGUCCCCACAACCGAUCCAAACGACUCCCAUUUAUCAGCCGACCCCUGUCCCUAAUCCUGAUCAAUUUGCUGGACAGGAAUCCCAGGCCCCCACCCAACAAGUAUCUUCUAACCAAGAUGAGUCUCAAAAUGACGUCGCAACCUCCCAGGCCCCUAAUUUUGUCCCUGUCCCCGUUCCACAGAAUAAUAACAAUGGAAAUGUACCCAUGGAGUCUACUACACAAUUCCCAAAUAUUGGAACCCAGCCAGUUACAGAAUCGAUACCUUCUGGACAAUUCAUUGGUGGUGUGCCAGUAGGUCAAACCAGCACUAACUCAUUCCAAUCGACAACACCAACGACGACGACAAAUAACUUUGGGGGACAACAGCCAUCAACCGGGUUCCAACCAACCACUGGAAUGCCGGUCACGAACGACAUGAAUCAAUCCGGUUUCAUUUCAUCGUCCACUAUGGAUCCGAACAUGCCACAAGCGCAAUAUCCCAGUCAACAAGAGAUUUUGGCGGCGACCGGCCAGCAGGCGGAUCAGUCAGCCACGAGCGGUGCGAAUAUGGUCUCCACCCAGGCUCCACAGUUUCCAAGUCAACAAGAACUUGGAGCAACACUUCAAAAUGCGCAACCAACACCGUCGCCACAAUUCCCAGCGCAACAACAGAUGGGAGGAGGGGCUACAACACAAAAUAGUAACUUCAAUAGUCAACAAGAUGGCUCGACUCAGCAGGCUCAAUUUCCAAGUCAACAAGAGCUCCUACAAAGAGAUCAACAAAAUUCUGGAGUUACCGGUCAACCUAUAAAUGUAUGUUGUGUGUGA